UUACAUUGGUUAUGGUAUGAACGUUCUCUUGUCAACAAAUUAAGAAAAACAAAAAGAAAACUGAAAACAAACAGAUGAGACACAAUCUGUCAAAUCUUGUCAGAAAAUGGCAAAUCACUAACCGAAUAAUGAAUGUUUUGAAAAGUAAAAACAAAACCUGAGAGACGGAGAAGAUUGAGGAUGAGAGACACGAAGACGACGACGACUAAGAGAUAUGUCGUCGUCUUCGUUAUAUAAUCCGUUUUGUCUCUCCGUCUCCUCUCUUCUCCUCCUCAUAUUAAUCUUCUCCGGCGAAUUUCCCUCCACCGCCGGAACUUUCUCGCCGGACACCAAAGCCGCAGCCGCACGUGCUAUUAACAGAGGAAGGAGGAAUAAGCAAUCGGCGGAGUUCUUACUCGCUCACAACGCAGCGCGUGGAGCUUCAGGCGCGUCGAAUCUAAAAUGGGAUCAAGGCCUGGCCCGUUUCGCAUCUAAAUGGGCCAAACAACGUAAAUCGGAUUGUAAAAUGACCCAUUCAGGUGGGCCUUACGGAGAGAAUAUUUUUUGGUACCAAAGAAGUGAGAAUUGGUCGCCGAGGAGAGUUGUUGAAAAAUGGAUGGAUGAAAGUUUAAACUACGAUCGGCUGACUAAUACGUGUAAGUCUGGUGCGAUGUGCGGUCAUUAUACGCAGAUCAUUUGGCGUACAACCACAGCCGUUGGAUGCGCUCGUUCUAAGUGUGAUAACGACCGUGGAUUCCUAGUGAUUUGCGAGUACUCACCUUCGGGAAAUUACGAAGGCGAAAGUCCUUUUGAUAUACUUAAAUAACAUUGAAAUUAUACAAGAUUUAAUCAAAUAUUGGUACUUCAAUUCUUGAAACAUUUUUUUCCUUUAAUGGUCAAGUUUUUUUCGUUAAUCCUCUUAUGUAAUAUGGACCGUAUU